GAUUUUGUCAUAUGGAAAAGAGCCGCAUUUCUCAAUUUCUCUUUUUUUUGCUUGAUUUAGGAUAAAGAUUUCACUUCAGAUGUCUACAUUUCUGUGGAUUUCACCAUAAGCUAUUAUCAGAUGCUAAUGCUUUCAGCAAAGAACAUAAAGACCUUAGGGUAUCAGUCUCUUAUUCGCAGUGUAUGCUGAUUCAUCUUUCACAGGUAUAAAUGGAAUGGCCCCAGGGUCUACAGGAAGCUCUUAUGGGACUCAGAUGGGUGUGAUGAACUCAGGCCAGCAGGCCCCGCCACCCUACCCGGGGCAGGACCAGGUUGGGCAGCCCUCCACCCCCAUAUUUGUGGCUCCUCCACCCAAACCCCAGCAACUGCUCCAUUCAGAGGCUUACCUGAAAUACAUAGAAGGACUCAGUGCUGAGUCCACUACUGUCAGCAAAUGGGACCAAACGCUCUCUG